GUAACGAGCCGUUACAAACCAACCGUCCAACACACCUACCCUCACACCGCGGCCACAAGAGCGCCCGGCGUGUGCGAGACGAGGCGGGGCACCACACAGACGACUCCGGAGAAUACAAGGGGCGCGGGGCGACCCGCCUAUAAAUAGCCGCCGGACCGCCGCUAGAGCACCAUUCGCCACCUCCUAUUCCGACGAGUGAUCAUUCCGUUCCCGAGAUCCCUCCCCGCACCCAUAUCUAUUCAAGUAAUCUAUUCACGCACACUAAUCUCACAACACCGGUCUCCCCGCGAGGUAGGUUGCUCAACGGACCGAGGCCUCUCGGAUAUAUGGAUGCCUGGGGUGCCUAGUUUAAAGCAUCCGUAUACCCGACUAGACCCGACACAGUGGGCUGCCUAAUUAGCGGACCGAGGUCCCCCGGAUACGUACAUGGAUGCCUGGGUUGCCUAGUUUAAAGCAUCUGUGUAAGUACCGAACUAUACAAUCACCGAACACACACCGGCCUUCAGCCACAUUCUUGUCGACACAAAUACACUCCACAAACCCUGGAACAAGUCCACACGCACCACCGGUAUUCGCCCGACCUCCUGUACCCUGUAUCCUUCCCCUUAUUAAGAUAGGAACAUCCGCGUAGGCCCCUUCAGGGCCCGACCAAUAUAAAUAUCAAUAAUCGUGAUAAGUAUUUGUGCAUUUGUGUAGUGUGUUAAUAUUAAGUACGUAAGCUGUAAGUACCCUAGAUAUAUAAGUUAACUUGAUUGUAAAUAAAGCGGGUCCAGUGCCGCCUCAAUUGUGUUACACUAUUUAAUCGGUGUUAUUAAUUAUCACCCCGUACACCUAUCGAGGUUAUUUCCCUCCUGGGGCCUCAGGAUCAAUAUCAGGAUAGUUAGGACCGCUUCACGGUCAGUGUAGAUCCCCCAGGUGACCGGGCACUCCUUCAGAGGCCGGCGUCGAGCUGAGCUAGCCUAAGACAGCUUCCCGGUACAUAUUAAUUGAGAGUUAUUAGGUAGGUACCAGCCCUAAGCACUAGGGACGUUAGUCAUAAGGGUAAGUACCACAUUACAAUAUAGCACCCAACCCCUACUCUCGGGGGAGGCCAGGCAGGUCGAUUCGCCCAGGGGUCGCUCCCCGGUGAUCCAGACCAGCCCCUGCCGAGCUGCUACAUUACAUUUGGCGCCCAACGCAAAAUCCACUAAUUCUCAUCAAUAUUUAAUAUUAUUUAGCCCCCCGUAAUAAAUCAUAAAUCAUUAGAAAUAACCGACCGACCGACUAACCGUGCAACUUAACUUUCUACCCGUAAUCAUUCUAAAAAUAGACCGACAACCGACCGACCGACCCCGUUUAACAAAAAUUACAAUUCAAAAGUAAAGAACAGAUAAUUUUUUGUUGGUCAUUUUUAUUUAAGUUAUAGUAACCGAUUACAAACUGGCCCCGUUUUAUAGUAGGUAAAUAUACAGCAUCAAAUGCCAACUUCUUGGAUUUAUAACCUUAGUAAAGAGGAAUUAAUAAGGGAAAGUAGGGAGAGGAAGCUACCGACCGUAAAUUUAACCGUUGACAAGCUGAGGAAGCAGCUGUCCGACCACAUCAGAGAAGAAGAGGAGGAGACCUUCGAGAUGACAUCCGAAGACCAGACCAGAACCGCGAGCCAGCUGAACCUGUCAUCCAUCGUGAGGGAAUGGAAUAUAUCGUUCGACACCGCAUGCGACCCGGUUGAGUUCAUCGAGCGUUUGGAUGAACUGACGUCAUCAGGUGACGUCCCGCAGGACCGAUUACUCCAGGUACUACCUAAGGUACUAAGAGGUAAACCGCUAUUAUGGUACAGAAACAACUCAGACAACUGGGAAAAGUGGGAAGACUUCCUGAAAGACUUCAAACUCUUCUUCUACCCGGCGGGAUACGAGAAAAACCUGCUCGAGAUGAUCAUCGCACGAAAACAACACCACCGUGAAUCUUUCGUCAACUACCUGACCGACAUACAAACCCUGAUGAGAAGGUACGGAAAAAUGUCCAAAACAGAAAAAGAAGAAAGAGUCUACGAAAACAUGAACGCGAACUACAAGUACUACAUCAAGAAGCAAGACUUCACCAGCCUUGGGGAAUUAAUCAAACAGGCAGCCGAGUACGAGCAGAUCACAGAAGAAUCCUCAUCUCAACAGUGGAACCACCGACCAGACCGACACCGCCAGACACCGAAAAGUCAUCCAGAAACGUCACCAGAACCUCGUAAAAUACACGAAAAAUACGACAGGACCACGUGCUGCUGGAACUGCGGCAAAGCAGGCCACUCACACAAAGAAUGCCGGGGCAGGCAAGUACUGUUCUGUAGCCAAUGCGGAGUCCUCGGGAGACUUACGCGCAACUGCUGCAGAAGAGAAACCAAGUUCGGAGACACGAACAUAACCGCCGAAGAAAACCGACCAGAACAACGAAUUUUUGAAGACGUAAAAAUAGGUAAAAUCAUAUACCGAGCGUUAGUUGACACAGGCUCCACCAGAUCGUACAUCAGUAGAAACAUUUAUGAAGAGAAUUCGACAAACGCCGACACAGAAAAAGUCACAGGGAUGCGAGUAACCGUCGCAGAUGGCAGAGUCAUGGACGUGAAGCUCAGAAUAGACCCAGAAAUCGAGAUACGGCAGAGAAAAAUAACACACGAACUCUUCGUGCUACCAGCUUAUUCACCGCCAAACCUAGUUAUCAUAGGGAUAGACCUACUAAGAAAAGCAGGAGCCACAAUAGUCUGGAACAACAAUACCGAAAAUACACCGAAAGUCACCGAAGUCGUCACAAAUGAUUCAACACCACCGAAUAAUAAUAUAAUCAACGGCCCAAUAAAGACAAAAUCCCGCAAGCAUAAGAAAAAACCUAAGCAACAACAUCCACCAAGAUAUCCCGACACAGCCUCAAUCCAGGAAAGAAAAGAAUGGUUCGAGAGGAAAAUGACCGAAACCCGAAAAUCACCUCAAAAUGACCCAACAUUCGCAAUUAAAAACGGCUCACUCCAAAAACGAAUUGUAAAUCCGGCGUACGGGGUCAAGAUCAAUGCACAAUCGCAGUGGAAAUUAUGCGUUCCGACAUUGAAGAGAAGGUCGAUUAUCGAACAAUACCUUAAUGAACCGACAACAACAGGCUACGUGACCACGGGAAAAAUCCUAAAAAGCAUUGCCGAAACAUAUUAUUGGCCCGGGAUGUACAAAGAUGUUCUUCAUCACAUGAAAAAGUACAAAGAACGCCUAAAAUCAUUGUCAUCAAACUCGCCGCAACCGUAUUCCACUGAUUCCACCGAACCGAAGCAAUAAGAUACCUACCGAUGACGUCAUCACCCAUCGCCAGAUGUGCCUAGCUGCGGUACUCAUGCGAUGCCGAACGAACCGAUAAUUCCAAACCUACCCUCAAUCAUCAACAUAAUGAAGAUUGAAGACAAAUAGCCGUAAAAAGUUAAAACAUUUGUAUAUUUAUGACCUAGUCAUUCCGUACCGUACCGUAAAAAUGUUAUUAUGUUUAAUUUGUAAUUUAAUUAUAAAUAUACAACUGAAAAACCGCAAUCUAUAUUAAAAAUGUAGAAAUAGGUAAAAAUGUAAACGCAAAUGCACACAUUUUACACCGUCCGUCCGUAGUAUAAUAUGAUAUAAGUAAAUAAUAGACACACAGACAUGUUAAACGUAUAACAUCCACCUUAUUGCAUCAAAGUCGCAAGUAAAAUUUUGCUCAGACUUAGAAUAAAGAUUGUAAAUUUUUGAACGCAGCCCAAUACGUUACUCUGUGAACGUACACAGGUUAGAAUUUUAGUUAUGAAGUCAAUGUCAAGCGUCAAACCGACCGAGUAAAUUUCAGCGCAAGGGCACAUGCCGUAUAAAUUUUAAUUUAUUUGAUAUGUAAACAAUUUAAAACCGUAAAGCUGAAACCGUAUACCUAAUGUAAUUAACAGGAAAAUGUAUAUCAGUACACAAUAAGUUAUGUACACAUAGCCUACAAUGUAAAAAUUCUUCUGCCGAGGGGGGAGAAUGUAACGAGCCGUUACAAACCAACCGUCCAACACACCUACCCUCACACCGCGGCCACAAGAGCGCCCGGCGUGUGCGAGACGAGGCGGGGCACCACACAGACGACUCCGGAGAAUACAAGGGGCGCGGGGCGACCCGCCUAUAAAUAGCCGCCGGACCGCCGCUAGAGCACCAUUCGCCACCUCCUAUUCCGACGAGUGAUCAUUCCGUUCCCGAGAUCCCUCCCCGCACCCAUAUCUAUUCAAGUAAUCUAUUCACGCACACUAAUCUCACAACACCGGUCUCCCCGCGAGGUAGGUUGCUCAACGGACCGAGGCCUCUCGGAUAUAUGGAUGCCUGGGGUGCCUAGUUUAAAGCAUCCGUAUACCCGACUAGACCCGACACAGUGGGCUGCCUAAUUAGCGGACCGAGGUCCCCCGGAUACGUACAUGGAUGCCUGGGUUGCCUAGUUUAAAGCAUCUGUGUAAGUACCGAACUAUACAAUCACCGAACACACACCGGCCUUCAGCCACAUUCUUGUCGACACAAAUACACUCCACAAACCCUGGAACAAGUCCACACGCACCACCGGUAUUCGCCCGACCUCCUGUACCCUGUAUCCUUCCCCUUAUUAAGAUAGGAACAUCCGCGUAGGCCCCUUCAGGGCCCGACCAAUAUAAAUAUCAAUAAUCGUGAUAAGUAUUUGUGCAUUUGUGUAGUGUGUUAAUAUUAAGUACGUAAGCUGUAAGUACCCUAGAUAUAUAAGUUAACUUGAUUGUAAAUAAAGCGGGUCCAGUGCCGCCUCAAUUGUGUUACACUAUUUAA